AUGCAGAUUAACGGCACAAGGUCAAUAUGUGCAGUUAUUCUGUAUGUGCUGGCGCUUGGCCGACAAGCCCUAGCGCUUGAACUCGUCGCCACCAGUCAAGACUCUAUUAAAAAUGCCGCCAGCACCGCGACAUACGGAAUGAUGACCUAUUAUACCGGUAAUGAGACCGGUGGGAUCCCCGGUGCAUUCCCUAGCAAGUGGUGGGAAGGUUCAGCCCUGCUGUUGGCGCUGCUCAACUACUGGCACUUUACGGGGGAUGAUUACUACAACGAGGAGCUCAGUGUUGCCUUGCAAUGGCAGAGUGGUACGAACGGAGAUUACAUGCCGACGAACUACAGUAGUUUCCUGGGUAACGACGAUCAAAUGUUUUGGGGUCUCUCCGCCAUGACAGCCGUUGAAUACAAGCUCCCCGAUCGCCCGACCGGAUUCUCUUGGCUUUCGCUCGCCCAGGGUGUCUUCAACACACAGAAGGCCCGAUGGGACACGACCAUGUGCGGUGGUGGACUGCGCUGGCAAAUCUACAUCUACGAGGGCAGUGGAUACUAUAUGAAGAACGCGGUUUCCAAUGGUGGUUUCUUCCAGUUGGCCGCUCGCCUUUAUCGUUACACCGGCAAUGAAGAAUAUUACACCUGGGCGAAGAAAACCUGGGAGUGGUCCUGUUCCGUACCACUGGUCGAUAACAGCACGUGGACCGUUGACGAUUCGACCAACGGCGAGCAACAAUGUGCCAACGGUGACCAGGUCCGAUGGACCUACAAUUACGGUGUUUACUUUGGCGGUUGCGCCUACUUAUACGCCGCGACGAACGACGAGUAUUGGCUCAACUGUACCACAGGACUCCUAAACACGCUUUGGUCAACAUUUUUUACUGAGAAGAACAACUACAUCAUCUCAGACUGGGAGUGCGAAACCCGCGAAAUUUGCAACAACAACGAAGUCCUUUUCAAGGGUCUCGUAGCCAGCUGGCUGGCCCAAACCGCCCUCCUCAUCCCAUCACUAUACGACGAGAUCCUCUCAAAACUCCAAGCCACCGGCCAAGGCGCGGCGAAUUCCUGCACGGGCAACAGCAACAGCACUUGCGGUGUCCGAUGGACAACAGGUACCUGGGAUGGACUACAAGGAAUGGAACAGCAAAUCAGUGCCAGCAAUGCCUUCAGCGUACAGAUGCUACCGUGGAUUAACGGCACCGAAUACGGACCGCCUGUGACGUCGAAAACGGGUGGCAAUAGUAGCAGUAACGUCAAUGCUGGUGAGAACGAAGAUGCGGGCAGCGGCCAGACAACGAAACCGGUUACCACCGGUGAUAAAGCUGGAGCUGGAAUUUUGACUAUUAUUUUUGUUGGAGGGUUGGUGGGCAUGGCCACCUUCAUGUUUCUCGGUGCAUGA